AUGUUGCGGCUUGGAGCUUGCAUGUGCAUCCAGACCGUCAGUGCAGAUGGCAGCGGCAGCAGCGGUUUCUCUCGUAAACCAGGUUUGUCCGCCUUCGUGGACUAUGAUUGUGCCCUAGCAGGAACAAAGCCGGGAGCCGUCGUGGACUGGAACAGCGUCUUUCAAGGCGUUCGGGCAAGCUUAGCUGCACCCAACCCGGUGAACUCCAACUUUUCCUUCCCGGAAGAGCUGGGGUUCCUAGUGCUGGAGCAAGUGCCUGGAUCUCAGUCCGUAGCUGCUUUGGCCGAAUGCCCACUGGGAGUUCUGUAUCUGCUCAUCCUGCACUUCUACUCCGUGGGACGCGGCGACAUAGAUGAUCAUGUCAGAGAGGCGAGCCAGAUUCAGAGCCUCCUGACAACAUACCCAACUUACGUGUUGGCCCUUACUCGGUGGCCCGUCUUUCCCGCUUUGGCACACUUCUCCCAGUUCUAUCACACCAAUGACGAGGCUGCUCUUUGCGACGGAGUCGCUGGUGUGACGAAUUGGGGCCCCUGCAGGCUGCUUGGUAUGGAGUGGAUUGAACAGUACUACAUGGAAGACAACCCAGAUCGAAACAGUACCUUGGAUGCCCUGCUUGUGGACUCCUUGGAUUGCAGCGACGACAUUAUGCAAUCCGCACAGACUUUGAGUAGGGCUCGGGACGAGUGUCCUUUAGGUCACCUCUUUUAUACAGCUACUGGCUUGAUCAUGGCGGCAGGGGCCGGAAGAUUCACUGACGACUUGCCACCUUAUGGCAAGGUUGUAGACCAAGCAAUUCGGGCUCUACCUUUUCAUGUUGUGAGCCUGUCACCCUGGCCCAUCUGGCAUGUCUUGUGCAUUUUCGCGGACAUGAAUAAAGGGGCAUGGUUCUGGGGCGGCGAUCGCAAGUACAUGCGCCUCUUCAGCGAUUGGAACUUGCGGAACGAUGAGCUGUCCCCGCUGGCUUCUCCUGACAACAUAUUUCUUUCCCCCAAAUGGAGGGAGGAGGUUUCAAAGAAAGUGGACUUCCUCGUGCAGAUGGACCAUGAAAGCUACGUAGAGACUCUCCAUGUGGAGGCCCGGCGUCGUGAGGACAGGUGGGGGCCCUUGAGGCCCAUCGUACGCAGUUUGAUCGAUGCGGCGCAGGCCGUGGCAUCUGCGUUGGAGUGGCAAGGGCUGCCGCGGCGCAUGGCUUAUGUGGUGCUGCUGUACAAAGAAGCUUGGGCCUAUCUGCUGGAAAGAAUGGUGCAGCACAUGUCUCGUUUGCAUGUCAAAUACCCGCUGCUGGUUAUCGCCAUCGGUGAAGAUGCAGCAGAUGUUUGUCGAAAGCAGGCAUUUGCAAACGCACCAGGUGCAAGCUUGCAGGUAAUUUGCUGGGUGCCAGACACGAUGUCUCAGGUCCAUCGCUUCACGUGCAUUCACGGGCUACUGCAUCUUGGCAUCGAUGUCUUGUACACGGACAUGGACACCUUCUGGCUGCGCGACCCCACGCAGCGGAUCUUCUCGUCAGCCGCCGAUUGGGAUGCGGUCUUCGCCCGCCAUGCCGAUGCAGACUGCAUCAACAUCGGCGUGUUCUACCUGCGUGCUUCAGGCACACUUGCCUUGUGGAUGUCUCAAUUCAUGGCAUGGUAUCACGACCAUCCCUUUGAGAUCGACCAGCGUGGCCUUCACAUCUUCUUGGGGCUUCCUGCUGAGAACAUGAAGAUAUCCUAUUCUCCCAAAGACUUGGUAAGGAUCCGCGGCACAGUCCUCGAUGAUACCAACGAGGUUGUCAUUGGCCGGGUCCGUUGGAUGGGCGCACUCCCGAAGAUGCUGAUCUUCCAUUGGUGUCACGAGCCCAUCGAAACGAAGGAGGGGGAGCUGAAUGCCGCUUAUGAUGCUUCCGAUAGCCUGGAACCUCACAACCUUCCGGUGUCUUUGGCACUCGCUGUGGUCUCCAACGCCAAUUCCGGAACACCCUGGGCACCAGUGCUGAAGCUGCGACACAUCUUCGACGCCUAUCGGACUGAAGCGCCCAUCCUCCGCACGCCUUGCUGGUAG